AUGCUUCACACUUAUCUUCUCACAAUAUCAGCUGGAUUUCUUUGCAAUUUUCUGGCAACAAUUUUACCAUUUUGGUUUGCAAGAUAUCCCAGUGCCAAAGCUAGAUUUUUAUGUCUUGGAUUAUGGGAAAUAUGUUUGGAAGACUUCAUAUCGCCCUUAGAUCAACAACGUCUGUACAAUGGCUGUUUUUACAUUUUUGAUAGCAAAAUUCGCCCGCUACGGCCGUUCUUCUUUGCGACUUGGUUACAUGUCGCUCAGGCUCUUCAAAUUUUAAGCAUGAUUGCACACGCGGCUCUUGUUGGGAAUGGAUUUGGAAUGCUCUUUAAUGUGUUUGACAAGCAUAGCCCACGAAUAGUGUUCACCUCUAUCUGCCUCCUCGUACUGAACUGUUGGGUGUUGCUGACGCAACUGGGCGUAGUGGGGGUGAAUCUUGACCUUGAAAAGAAACAGGCGGAAAUUAGUGGCGCGAGUAUGUGGAUAUCAGAGGCCGACCAGUCUUGUCUCUCCUGGUCCUUCGGAUUGUCUGCCUUUGUUCUCUUCUUCGUCCUCAUUGCACUGAACAUCCUCGUCUGGGAGAGAGGCGGUCGUCUACUGACGCAGGCAUGGACCUGGCCUACCAUCAGGGAUUUACCAUGCUGCCUCGCACGGAACUCCGUCCACCGACGCGGCGCUCUGCAAGAGGCUCAAAGAGCCGGAAGUCUCAGUACGCGGCAGCAGAUCGAGUUAACGCAACCCCAUCAUCAGACAGCUGAUCCUUCUCGAGACACUGACCUCUCCUCCCUGGACGUUGCCACAUACGAUCCGCGCUCCGCAGAUGUAGUGAGUAGGGAGAACAUGAAUGAAAGUGCUCCCAUCUCUGCGACUGAAAUAUCGGCGGCAGGGGUGAAGUUGGACGAAUAUGUGAAGUAUGAGAAGGGGGCCGCUUUGUACCAGCCUGAUCCCCGAACAUCCAUUGAUGUGAAUUUCAGCCGCGUGUCCAGUCGUAUGUCUAGUGUACGCUCCUCCAUUAGGCAAGGCUCAAGUGGAUUCGUUAGGGCGCGAAAUCGUACCUACAUUAUAAAGAAAGGUCAAAAUCAGCCUCUACAACAGACGGUCAUCCGAAUCGCUUCACAAAAACUCACUAAGCUCUUCAAAGAGGGUGACCAGGUUUCAGUGUUUAGAGUCGUGAUGAACCCUCUUGAAAUCGCAGGUAUACGAAUACCAUAUGCUUCAGUUGUCAGUACUAAGAUGCGGUUCAAGGAAAUUGCUAAUGCGACUAUGCUACGUGUGACUAUAGUAAAGCGCUGA